CGCAAACACUUCGACAGGCCACAAUCGGCUCAUGUGUCAUUCGCUAAAUCCUAGAGUCGCUUCACCAUGCUGCGCCGCUCGACUCUCUCGCGUGUGAGUGCCGCUGUGCGCCGACUGUCAACACAGUCACCACCCAACUACCGGCGCAUGAUCCUCGAGUCUCGUGCGUACGACGUGGCGGAGCAGACUCCACUGCAGGAGGCGCCAGCGUUGUCCCAUGAGCUCCAGAACCGGGUGUUGCUCAAACGUGAGGACUUGCAGCCCGUUUUCAGCUUCAAAAUCCGCGGCGCCUACAACAAAAUGGCCAGUCUAUCGGAAGAGGAGAAGGCUGCCGGUUGUGUGUGCUGCUCGGCCGGUAACCAUGCGCAGGGUGUUGCGCUCUCAGCCCGCAAGCUCGGAGUCCGCGCCAAGAUUGUCAUGCCACUGGCCACACCCGAUAUCAAAGUGAACGCUGUGCGCCACCAUGGCGGCGAGUUCGUAGACAUUGUACUGCAUGGCAAAACGUUCGACGACGCUGCUGCCGAGGCCCGCAGACUGGUGGUGGAGGAGAAGCUCACGAUGAUCCUUCCGUUCGACGACCCGUACGUCAUCGCUGGUCAGGGUACCAUCGGCAUGGAAAUCUUGCAGCAAACCAGCGGAUCUGGAGAGAAACUGGACGCUAUCUUUGUUGCCUCUGGCGGAGGCGGUAUGCUCGCCGGUAUUGCAGCCUGGGUCAAGCAGAUCCGUCCGAGUGUCAAGGUGAUUGGUGUCGAGGCAGCUGAUGCCGCUGGAAUGACGGCGUCGCUCCAAGCUGGCAAAGUCGUUGAGCUGGAACAUGUCGGACUAUUUGCAGAUGGUGCAGCAGUGAAGAAAGUGGGGUCCGAGACGUUCCGUGUGUGCCAACAAUAUGUGGACGAGAUGGUGACCGUGUCGACGGACGAGAUCUGUGCUGCUAUUAAGGCUGGUUUUAAUGACACUCGUGCGAUUCUCGAGCCGGCAGGCGUGUUGUCCAUUGCCGGCAUGACGCAAUACGCCAAGACACGCGGACUUUCGGGCUGUCAAUUUGUCGCUGUGACUUCUGGUGCCAAUAUCGACUUCGCUCGACUCCGUUUCGUGUCCGAGCGUGCUGAUUCUCACGAAAGACUACUUGCAGUGGAGAUUGAUGAAAAUCCGGGCGCCUUCUUGCGCCUUAACCGUCGACUAGACGCCGUGGGUGUUCGUAUCACCGAGUUCAGCUACCGGUACGCUAACGCUCAGAAGGCUCGCAUUCAUCUGUCCUUCCACUCACCCAGUGCCGACCACGCAGCGGCUGCUAUUCGUGAACUGCAAGAGGAGGAGUCUCCGUUAGGUUUCGCACGUGGUGGUGCCUACCAGGUGCUCGAUCUGUCGGAUAAUGAGCUGGCCAAGGUGCAUACACGAUACUUGGCUGGCGGUCGAGCACGUGGUGACGUACAAAACGAACUCCUGUAUCGCUUCGAGUUCCCAGACCGUCCACGCGCUCUGGCCACGUUCUUGGAGGCGCUGCAGAGCUCGUGGAACAUCAGUCUAUUCCACUACCGUAACCACGGCGCUGAUGUCGGUCGAGUACUAGUGGGUUUCCAGGUGCCUGAAGAAGACCAUGAACGCUUCCAGACGUUCCUGAACCAAUUGGCUUACGUUUUCCACGAGGAAACGGACAACCAAAUGUACCAGGAGUUCAUGCUCUAAUAGAGACAGUUGUUGGUUGAACUAUAGUGUCUUGCAUUAACUAAAAGUCGACAGAAGGACACUAAGUUAUACGCAGCGAUCGAGAAAACUGAUGCGACGUAGCGAGAACUUUUAGUUUCGCUUGACUAUUGACUACCUGCAGCCGACUAGAUGUAGAGCAUGCCCCUGCAUCAGCACAAAAGGGAGACCAACGUUCCGCAAUCCCAAAACUCUAAUCCGAAUC